AUGAUGACAGUGCCUUUCAGUAUACCAACAUCGGAUCUAGAUUACUGCCUAGAACAAUUAUUAGAGCAUAAGCCUCCCAAGAUACUACCUCCAGAAACCAUCCAUCAACUAUGCCAUUUGUUGAAAACACAGCUUUUGUCUGUGCCAAACAUCAUAUCGUUGCAAAGCCCCAUUUCCGUUGUGGGUGACAUCCAUGGCCAGUAUCAUGAUCUAUUGGAGAUUUUCAAGAUCGGCGGUUCGCCGCCAAAUACAAAUUACUUGUUUCUUGGUGACUAUGUCGAUCGCGGCUACUAUUCAGUAGAGACGAUUUCGCUAUUGUUGGUUUUGAAAAUACGAUACCCCAACAGAAUCAGUCUAAUACGAGGCAAUCACGAAUCGAGAACUAUAACGACAAACUAUGGGUUUUACACUGAAGUGUUGAAUAAAUACAACGGAUCAGCAGAUGUCUGGACGUAUAUUACUGACUUGUUUGACUAUUUGCCCUUGGGGGCCACGGUUGACGGUACGAUAUUUGCAUGCCAUGGCGGAUUGUCUCCCAGUUGUCAGCAAUUGGACCAAAUACGGGCGGUUGACAGGUUUAGAGAAAUACCUCACGACGGGAUAAUGGCGGAUUUAGUCUGGUCCGACCCCGAUGUUGAGAUUUUGGAUUUCAAAUUGAGCCCUCGCGGGGCCGGGUAUCUCUUUGGAAGCGAUAUAAUGGACAAAUUCUGCCAUGAUAAUAGCUUGGUGCAAAUGAUUAGAGCACAUCAGCUAUGUAACGAAGGUUAUACUAGCUACUGGAAAGGGAAAUGUCUAACUGUUUGGUCAGCGCCAAACUAUUGUUAUCGCUGUGGCAAUAAAGCCAGUGUGUUGGAAAUUUUGCAUUCAAACUACGACACCAAAGAAAAGCCAACGCUGCUGCUGCUGCUGCUGCUGAUGACACGAAAUAACAACAACAACAACAACAAUCACCAUGACCCGGAAGAAGAAUCAAACGAUGAUUCCUUUUACGACCGGAAUAAUCUCAGAUUCGAUAAAACAAAAUCUCAAAUCGAACAAGGAGUCUUGCCAGGACAAUUUUUCAAUGUUUUUGAAGCUUCCAGAGAGAAUGACGAAGAUACCGUGAAUGGGAAAAGCGUCAAUGGUUUGAACUUUAGCGACGGCCUUGAGCUGACCUCCAACAAUUAUGACUUCUUUGCUGCAUAUUUCCAAGAGAAACCCAAGAGACAUGUCGAGUACUUCUUGUGA